AUGGACCCUAUGGAACUGAGAAAUGUCAACAUCGAGCCUGACGACGAGAGCAGCAGUGGAGAAAGUGUUCAAGACAGCUACACGAGGAUGGGGAACUCUGAAAAGGCAGCCAUGAGCAGCCAAUUUGCUAACGAAGAUGCCGAAAGUCAGAGGUUCCUAACAAAUGGAUUUUUGGGGAAGAAGAAGCUGGCCGAUUACACGGAUGAACACCACCCCGGAACUACUUCCUUUGGAAUGUCCUCAUUCAACCUGAGUAAUGCCAUCAUGGGCAGUGGGAUCUUGGGCUUGUCCUAUGCCAUGGCCAACACGGGGAUUGUCCUCUUUGUAAUCAUGUUGCUUACUGUGGCCAUUUUAUCGCUCUAUUCAGUUCACCUUCUAUUAAAGACCGCCAAGGAAGGAGGGUCUUUAAUUUAUGAAAAGUUAGGGGAAAAGGCAUUUGGAUGGCCCGGGAAAAUUGGAGCCUUUGUCUCUAUUACAAUGCAAAAUAUUGGAGCCAUGUCAAGCUACCUCUUCAUCAUUAAAUAUGAACUACCUGAAGUAAUCAGAGCCUUCAUGGGACUUGAAGAAAACACUGGGGAAUGGUACCUCAAUGGCAACUACCUCGUCAUAUUUGUGUCUGUGGGAAUUAUCCUUCCACUCUCUCUCCUUAAAAAUUUAGGUUACCUUGGCUAUACCAGUGGAUUUUCCCUGACGUGCAUGGUGUUUUUUGUCAGCGUGGUGAUCUACAAAAAAUUUGAAAUACCCUGCCCUCUGCCUGUCCUGGAUCACAAUGCUGGAAAUCUGACGUUCAACAGCACACUUCCAAUGCACGUGAUUCUGAUACCCAAUAACUCAGAGAGCACUGACGUCAACUUCAUGAUGGAUUACACUCACCGAAACCCUGCAGGGCUGGAUGAGAACCAGGCCACCGGCCCUCUUCACAGCAGUGGAGUGGAGUAUGAAGCCCACAGUGAUGACAAGUGUCAACCCAAAUACUUUGUUUUCAAUUCCCGGACCGCCUAUGCAAUCCCAAUCCUAGCAUUCGCUUUUGUCUGCCACCCCGAGGUCCUACCCAUCUACAGUGAACUUAAAGAUCGGUCCCGGAGAAAGAUGCAGACAGUGUCCAAUAUUUCCAUCACAGGGAUGCUUGUCAUGUACCUGCUUGCCGCUCUCUUUGGCUACCUAACUUUCUAUGGGGAAGUUGAAGAUGAAUUACUCCAUGCUUACAGCAGAGUCUACACAUUUGACACCCCUCUGAUCAUGGUACGCGUGGCCGUCCUGGUGGCAGUGACGCUAACUGUACCCAUUGUCCUCUUCCCAAUCCGGACCUCCGUGAUCACGCUGCUGUUCCCCAGACGACCCUUCAGCUGGGUAAAGCACUUCCUGAUCGCUGCAGUGAUCAUUGGGCUCAACAAUGUCCUUGUCAUCCUCGUGCCCACCAUCAAAUACAUCUUUGGAUUCAUAGGGGCUUCGUCUGCCACCAUGCUGAUUUUCAUUCUUCCGGCGGCUUUUUAUCUCAAACUUGUCAAGAAGGAACCUCUGAGAUCACCCCAAAAGGUUGGGGCUUUGGUCUUCCUCGUGACUGGAAUCAUCUUCAUGAUGGGAAGCAUGGCGCUCAUCAUAAUCGACUGGAUUUACAACCCUCCGAAUCCCAAGCACCACUAAGCCCGCGGAAAGACUUUCCAUUGGAAAUGGCUGAAGUUAUGCUCCAGAGGACAUCC